AUGGCGCCGCCGCUGCAAAACCUACCGCUGCUGCUUCUGUGUCUCAACUUCUGCAUGUACGCCAUCGUUGUGGGCAUCGGUGCUUGGAGCAUCAACAGAGCUAUCGACCACAGCUUCAUCAUCGGUAACACAUAUCAAAACUCAACCCACAGUAUAUCACUUUUCUCACUGACUCUUCGUUUCCUCCCUACAGAGAAAGGCUUUGUUCUGCCUGCGCAUUUCUCGCCUAUAUACUUCCCCAUGGGAAACGCGGCCACUGGAUUCUUCGUCAUCUUCUCUUUGAUUGCUGGAGUUGUGGGAGUUGCUUCUGCCAUCUCGGGACUCAACCAUAUUUGUUACUGGGGCAUGGAUAGUCUCCCUGCAGCUGCUGUCGGCGGCACCAUUGCCUGGAGUCUUACGAUUCUGGCCAUGGGGUUUGCGUGGAAACAGAUCGAUUUGACCCACAGAAAUAGCCGUUUGAUAACAAUGGAAGCUUUCAUCACAAUCCUGUCAGCUACUCAGCUCUUCUACAUCGCCCUCAUCCAUGGAGGCGCUGUGGAAGCGAGGGGAACAAAAUCCAAGGAGGCGACAGGAAAAACAUCUGCAGAGGCAAGGGGACGAACAUGACAAUCGAUGUUGACAUUUAUAUGCUGUUGUGGUUCUUGUUCUUGUUUGAUCUUUGUUUCCAGGAGUUUUUUCUUUUUGUUCGUGUUUGAUUGUACAAAUAGAGAUGGAUUGCUUUGAGUAAAUCAAAUCAAAUAAAAAGGAGUGAGUGCAUGAAUUAUGUUCAA